AUAAUAUAAAAAUGAGAAUAUUGAUUUUAGUUCUAUUGAGCAUGGUAGUAUUGAUAUAGGAUGUUAGGCAUUAUGCAAAAUGGGCACAGAUCCAAAGAUUGUAUUGGCAGAAAUUGAUGAUCAUCAUAUGGGGAAAACAUUCUUGAAUGCAAUCCAAAUCAGUUUGGCAACAGGCUCACCUGUACAUGAGAUUUAGAGCUAUAUAAACAAUAUAAGGUAUAUAUUAGGCUUGAUAGUAGAUUCAUGUUGGAAUAAGAAUAAAAGGAUGCUGAUCUUUAUAUCCAAAACACAUAAGCAUCAUGCAAUAGAUUGUUACACGAUUUUUCAACUAAUUUGGCCUAUCAUUAGAGCCAAUUGAAAGCUCAUUAGAAAAUAGUAGAGGUUAAUGUUUUAUAUAUAAAUUAGGAAAACACAAAUAAUCUCUAAAGAUCUCUAAACAAGAUUGCAGAAGUCUCAGUUGAAAUUGAGGAGAACACCAAGAAAACAAACGCAGGUUAGAGCGAAAGAGAUUUGCAAUACGCCGAAUUUUAAUCAAAGAUUAAAGAUCACACAGAAGCUAUCGCUGCUAUUGAUGAAGCAUAUGCUCUAAUCGAACAUUUAUCUAGUGGUUCAUCUUUCAUUCAAGUCAAAGGAAGAUUCAACAAAGUCUUGUAGAGAUUAUAGAAGUAAAGCUCUAUUGCGAUUUCUUAGUUAAUCAACUGGAUUAUUAUUCUAGCCAAUUCUUACAAUGAUGACCUAAUUAUCAUCAAAAUCAGAUUCAGACACUGCAAAGAAAGUCUUAUAGUUAUUGGCCAAUUUGAGAGUUCAAAUUGUUGAAAGCAAAGGAAAUGACGAAUCAAUUGAGAAAUAAUAAAGUCUGAAUUGGUAAUAAUUCUUAUCAGAUUUGACAAACGAGAAAAACACAUUGUAAUUAUUAAUAUUUACAUCGAUAAUAGAUCAGAUUAAAGAUAGAAUUUAGAAUAAGCAAUUUUAAAUUAUUAGAGUAUAAUUGAGGAAUCUGAAGGCAAGGUUGAGUAUCAUGCAGCUGAGGUUGAAAGAAAUUAGGUAAUAAAAUAAUCUAAAUAACAAGAGCAACUUAGAAGGAUAAGAUUAAUGGUGUAGAUAAUAAUAAGACAUUUAUUAGAUGGAAACCUAAUCAAGAGUUUAGAGUUAGGAUCUAAUUUCAAGAAUAUCAGAUCACAUUUAAGAUAAGAUAGUAACUCUUAAAGAAUAUUUAAGAGAAAGACUUCAGUUAAAUUGAGUAUCUAAUCAUCCAAAAUAUAAAAACC